CUCCGUGUCACUUACACAAACAGACGUACAUCACGGGCAGGCAGGCAGCUAGCUACGUGUUCCCUUUUAUGUUCCCACACGCGCGCUCGCAUAAACCUGUCAGUCUCGUGUCACGUGCAGUGCAGUCAUUCACUGUCGCCGGCAGCGUACCGGCACUCACGACCGUCCUGCCGUCGGCGGUUCAGGGCAACCCACCCUCUUCGCCCACCCUGCCCCUUACUUGAGAAAUAAGAGUGCGGUAAGGAUGUGUUUCCUAGGAAUCCCGAGCAAGUUCGAGCGGCCAUCUACACGCGACGACGACAUUACGAGCUAAGGAAGUUCGACUUCGCGAAUGCGAGGAUUCUGUAUGAUGUGUGUGUGUGUGUGCGCGCCCGUGAGCCUUAACGAGGACAUUACUCGAAUGUUUGACAAAUACGAGAGAGGGAAAGAGAGGGAGAAGUACGAAUUGGAUCCCAUUAACUGGUUCAUUUAGGUAUUCCUGCACUUGAUAAUUCGACAUUGAUUGUUGCUUGACGACCAACACGCGGCAAGUGCCGUCCGCAGUGAAUGAUCGUCCGUCGUUGUAUGCGUGAGCCUGUACGUAUUACGAUCGCGUCUCGCGCGUGUUGUGUGUGAAAAUAAAAAGUGUAUCAUCCGCGCGAGAGGCACGGCAGGAAUAAUAAGUGGGGAAGAUAUUACGGUAAAAGAGCGCGGCGAGUGAAAGCAAGGAUUGAAAUACUCGCGGGAGUGGAUAAUACGGACUGCAUUAAGGAUUUAAUACCGGAAGUAGCGGAAACGAGUUCCAGCACGGGAAAAAAUUAUCCACCGCAUCUUAACCAAUCAACUACAAAGUUUCUCCCGUUAGGCAAAGCUACUUUUAACGCGAUGAUUGCGGUGCGUUGACUGCGGCCGGCGCAUACAUUUAUAUUGAAUCCAGUUUAACUGGUGGACGGACGUGUGUAAUUGUAUCGUUUAAUCUAACUUACGUAUUUAUUAGCGUUAUCGUUCCCAUGAAAACAUGAUUUAAGUCAGCCUCGGUAUCAGCGUAAUUCGCUAAUAACCACGCAAUUAUAUACAUACGCGCGAUUUCGAAAGAAGGGGCGCGGGGAAAAUAGCUCGGAAGAAAGGCGUUCUCGGUCAACGAGCGCAAGUGACACAUAAAAAAAGUCGAAAGCCAGAGUCGAAAGAACGAACGAUGGAACCGUAGUGGCGCGACGGCAGAGGGGAAAGGCCCUGAUAAUUUCGCCACCUCGUGUCACGCGAGGAGGGCGAGUGCACGCAUCGACGACAACGACGAAGACGACAAAACCGCCUUAAGGCCAGAGCGUUUCGUUGCGGAGACAUAAGCAGAAGAGGGGACGCGUGUCGAGAAAGAACGAAGACGAGAGAAAGAGAGAGGCGAGCGAAGAGCGCAUUUGUACGUCGGAUGCAGCCUGUACAUCGGCACGUGCAUACGUAUGUCAGAGAGGGAGAAAGAGAAGGGAGGAGAGACGGAGAGCGCGCGCGAAUCGACGCCCGAAGUAAUUUGAAUAACAAAUUUGCGGCGGAAACUGUGGCCACAUGGUAGUUGCGGUUGUAAAGUGACCGAGUGUGUAGCGUAGUGCAGUUCGAAAAGUGAAGUACGCGGAAAAAAGUGUUAGAUUCAAAGUAUUAGAGUAAUUAUUUCUCUGAAAACAUUUUCUUCUCUGUGUACGACCGACGCUGGACGAGGCUGGACGUCGUUGGGUGCCUACGUGUGAGUCGGUCGUUAAACGUCAAUUGAGACGGUCGUGUCGCGAGUGAAGUAUGAAGUGAGAAAGAAAAGACUGACGCGUGGGACAAUUGAUGCUGAGAAAAUUCGACGGACAUCCUCUCAUCGGAGGACGCAGGACGAGGCUGGACAUCGAGUAUCUACGCAGGCAUUACAGCGACGCUUUAACCUGCCGUUCCCUUUAAACGUUAAACAAUUCCUAAUACAGUACAAUGACAUCCCUAAUAUACGUCACUCUCGGUAUUUCAUGCUUCCUAAUUUUCAUUUAUACUCUUCGCAAAAAUCGCAAAACCUUUCGCCUCCCCCCGGGACCACUUGGCAUCCCUCUCCUCGGCUAUCUACCGUGGCUAGAUCCCAAGAAUCCCCACGUGUCGUUGACGAGUCUUGCGAGGAAAUACGGACCGCUUUGUGGACUCCGAAUGGGCUCGGUGUACACGAUCCUGUUGUCGGAUCCUCGGCUGAUAAGACAGGCCUUUGCUAAGGACGCGUUUGCUGGCAGGGCUCCACUCUAUUUGACGCACGGAAUGAUGCAGGGAUACGGUCUCAUUUGUGCGGAAGGUGAUCUCUGGAAAGAUCAAAGAAGAUUCGUAGCAGGAUGCCUAAAGAAUCUCGGCAUGGUAAAGUUUGGCACAAGGAGGGACAAGAUGGAAGAGAGGAUUCUCGCGACCGUGAACGAAUGCAUAUCGAAACUAAGAAGUCGCGCGACGGUCGACGGUAUCGACCCACUGGAGACGCUUCAUCACUGCAUGGGUAAUUUGAUGAACGACCUCGUCUUCGGCAAAGUUUACCAGGAGGAUGACGAGGUGUGGAGGUGGCUGAGGCACUUGCAGGAAGAAGGAGUCAAGCACAUCGGAGUCGCAGGGCCGCUGAAUUUUUUGCCGUUUCUCAGAUUUUUGCCACGAUACGGCAAGGUGAUGGAGUCGCUGAUCGAUGGCAAGCUAAAGUCACACCGUUUGUACGAAACAAUCAUCGACGAGCAUCGUGCGCGACGUGAAAAGGUGGACAGCUUUCUCGCGGCUUUCGACGAGGAAAUGAGGAACAGGACCGACGCGGGCAAUGCUGGAUACUUCACGCGACCGCAGUUCUAUCAUCUGUUGGCCGAUCUUUUCGGCGCCGGCGUCGAUACUACUCUGACUACUCUUCGUUGGCUCCUGCUCUUCGUGGCGGUGCAUCCAGACGAGCAAAAAAAGAUUCAGGAUGAGAUGAGCGAACUUUUGGGACAAAGACAGCCCGGUUUGACGGAUAGACCUGCUUUGAUUCGACUGGAGGCGGCCAUCUCGGAGAUACAAAGAUUGCGAAGUGUCACCCCGGUUGGGAUUCCUCACGGUACAACGCAGGACACACAAAUAGGCGACUACGAUGUACCAAAAGGCACGAUGGUCAUCCCGUUGCAAUGGGCUAUUCAUACGGAUCCUUCUUACUGGCACGAGCCGCUCCGCUUUAAACCCGAGAGAUUUAUCGCGCAGGAUGGAAGUAUCGCCAGGCCGGAAGCCUUCUUGCCUUUUCAAGCGGGCAAACGUAUGUGCGUCGGCGACGAACUGGCCCGGAUGAUAUUGUACCUGUUCGCUGCGAAAAUACUUCGCUCGUUCGUUAUCUCGGCACCGUCCGACGCGUGCAUCGAUCUCGACGGCGAAUGUGGGAUCACCCUGGUUCCGAAACCGCAUCGGUUGGUUUUUACGUCGCGCGAAUAA